AUGACAAUUUUCAGCCAACUGUUGGUUGUUACCUCCGCAGCAGGUCUCGGCCUGGCUUCAAGCGUUGUAAAGCGCCAGUCUCAAACAGCUACAGUGAACCUAAGUCAUAUGCAAGGAGCACCGCAACACUUUGCGUCUGGCUUCUUGUACGGCAUUCCGGAUACUCCAAAUCAGAUUCCCGCGCAUUUUUACUCCGAGAUCGCAUUCAACUAUGGAAGGGCUGGCGGUGCGCAGCUUCCAGCCAAGGGCUAUAUGGAUGGCAUAGAUCAGUACGAGUUCGGUGCCGAGUUCAUCGUCCUUCUCCAUGAUCUAUGGGGUGCCGACGGAUCAGAGUCUGAGUCUGACUUGUUCCCCGGAGACAAUGGAGAUUGGAGUACUUGGGACAAUUUCCUGAACCAGGUCGUUUCCGAUAUGCGAGUCAAUAACAUGACGGAUGGUGUCAAGUUUGACUUAUGGAAUGAGGCGGACGGCGGCGGCUUUUGGCUCAGAGAUCGAAGCCAGUUCAUGACCAUGUAUGCCAGGACGCACAACACGCUACGGAGCCUUUUUCCCGAAGCGCAGAUAUUCGGACCAACUUUCACUGGACAGCCAGAUCCAGGCAACGUCUGGUGGACAGAUUGGUUGAGCAUGAUUGCGUCGAAUAAUGUGAUACCCGACGUGUAUUGCUGGCACCUGAUCCGCCAACCAGGAGGAUCUGGCGGCGAUGAUAUUACUUACUCGAGGGGCGUCUUUGAGCAGAUGCUGCAGCAGUUUGGCCUUCCAUCCCGUCCGAUCAACAUUGACGAAUAUGGCUCCCCCGAAGAGCAGGUCCCUGCCAGUUCCGCUUGGUUCAUGGCUCGUUUUGAGCGCGAAAACAUCCACGGCCUCCGAUCAGUCUGGACAGGCGGCCCCUCUCUGCACGACUUCAUGACCGACCUUUUGGGUAAGACUGGCGAUGGCGUCUACUUUCCCGCAGGCGAAUGGCAAGUGUACCGAUACUACGGCACGAACAUGACGGGCAAUCGGGUCGAGACGAACGCAUCUGCGGACGGCUUCUUCGACGUAUAUGCAACCGCGAGCGACCGAGUCAGGAUCCUCGGCUCAGCCCAUACGCAAACUGGAUCUUACACACUCAAUGUCGCUGGCAUGGCUGAUUUUGGCUUUGACACCCAUGGAACGGUCAACGUGCAGACGCGGGAGUUCCCGUAUGCGGGCCUUCGCGGAGAGGUGGAUGCGCCCAUUGAUCACGGCGUAAGCCAGAUUUCGUUCGACAACAACCUGCUGGUCAUUCCGGCGACAAUUUCAGUGAACACGAGUGCCUAUGCUUGGGAGGUAUAUCGGAUAGAGUGA